CUUCCCGAUGAUCUGCCUUUUGAAGAGCUUUUAAAAACAUCUUCCUUUUUAUAUGACAAAUAUUCAUUGACUGUAAUUGAGAAACAUGUUGAAGAACUAAUUAGAAGAGAAAAACUUCAAAGGCAGUUGGAAGAAAAACGCAUUCAAGAGCGAAGAAAGCAACUUGCUCGCAAUGCUCGCGCCGGUAAUAACGCAUUUGCUCGUUGGUUACCGCAAGUUCUCACUCCAAAGUCAAUGAUAGUAACAACAGCAUUCUCAAUUCUUGUUGGAAUUUGCGCAUACUACUACAAAAACCAGUAUCUAUCGGCAGGAGUUAGUUGAGUAAGUAUUUACAUGCAGCAAAGCAAAAAUCAUGCACUGCGGCAUGCUCCUGCCCCAAUUUGGAACUGGAUGAUCGGCUUUUCUUUUUAAUAAAUGCAUACAAAAUGUAUUUAUAAGUAAUUUUAAUCACUCAUAGGCAAGGUUGGAAAAAUACGUUCACUAUAUUAUACUAUAAGUUUCUUAUUGCUCUUCUUAGCUGGUACAUUAAGGAUAUUUUUAUUAUUUUUUGGUUUAAUUGUAGUUCACUUAUGUGUAUUGAUUGAUAAGAAUAUUGUUAUAUAUAUUAUAUUUGUUAUGCAAGAGUGGUGAUUAAGAGCGUAAACAUAAAAUUACAUAGCAUAGAGCUUCUUAGCAGCUAUGCCCAUGCACAUUCAUUACCAGAUAUAUUCGUAUGAACCCGAUGUAUUUAUAUAACACAAACAUAUUGCAAUGUAAAUUUUAAUCGAAAUUAAUGCGCAUAGAAUAAAUUAGAAGGAAAUGUUAAUAUUUCAAAAAACA